UUAUGAUGUCUGGACAAAAAACUCAUCAGCUUCCAGCUGAGUGGGGAGGAGCCUCUGCUACAACAUGGACGCCACAAUCCAGUUUGCUGCAUAACUGUGGCUUCUCUACGUUAUCGUUCUUUUUUUUUUUUUUUUUGGUCAGCUUCACUUUGCUUCCUGCACAGAAGACCUUUGUGCUUACUUCACAAGCAAGAGCUUCAUAUGAAUACACGUUUAUUUCGACUCGACUGUUUUGUUUUGUUAAGACGCAAAAGGCAGUGACCAGACGGCAGGCGACCCAUAAUGUUGCUUCAUCUUCAGAAAACCGACAACUAAAAAUGCUGAAUUUGGCCUGAUGGAGAGACAGACGAGAGAGAGAGAGAGAGAGAGAGAGAGAGAGCGAAAGAGAGAGACUAUUACAAGUCAGUCACCGUCUGCCUAGACUCUCCUUCACAUCCUCUCACGCUGCCGCUUGCAUCCAUUUCUCCUCCUCCCUCCGUUCCCUCUCAUGCUAUUCAGCCCUCCCUCCUCUUCCAACCUCGCGUCCAUCUGAAGCGCGCAACGCCACUUGUGUGCGUGCGCUUGCGGACGAGGCGGGAAGAGAUUAAAAAAAAAAAAACAAGAAACCAAAGCGGGGGCACAUGCUCAAUGAGGAGGUGAAGAAGAAGAGGAAAAGGAAGAGGAGGAGGGCGAAGCGCCCUUUUUUCAUUGAGUGCCUUCGCCCCGAGCCGAGCAACAGCAUGGAUCUCUCCUUCAUGGCCGCCCAGAUCCCAGUUAUGACGGGAGCCUUCAUGGACUCGUCACCAAACGACGACUACAGCGGCGAGCACUCGCUUUUCAACUCCUCCGCCAGCGUCCACGCCGCCGCCUCGGCCGGGUCGGCGCAAGGCCAGCCCGACGAGUCGCAGUCCAUGUCCAGCGACGCCAUCUGGCUUUGGAUCGCCAUUGUGGCCACCAUCGGCAAUAUCGUGGUGGUGGGCGUGGUCUACGCCUGCACCUUCUGAGGCAAACCCAAGUCUUUUGAGUCCUUCCAAAUUUUGAAUCCGUCCGGUCUUCAGAGAGCGGAUACGCCCCACAACGGAAUCGGAGCGCAAAAGACUCCUCUGCUAUUGUUGGAUUCCACGAUUUGAGGAUAACGUUGAUCCCUGCUAAGUUUCUUUCCAUGUCUCGCCCGGAGAACACGCCCUCGCUUGCCUAACAGGGAUGCGAAUGGAGAUUAAAUGGGGCUUGAGAUCCGGGUUGAUCCCGGGACAUCGCGAGACCUCCGCCGCCACAAAGCAAUUUAGUGCGGCGCUGUUCAAUUAUGCCCAACGACAAGGAAGGCGAAUGUUAAAACUUUUAGAAGGCACUGGGAUUAUUUUCAAGGGAGGCGGCCCUGAGGCCCACUGCCAUUAGGGCACAUGUAAGGAGAUUCUGUGGAUCAUACUUGCCGUGACUUCAUCAUCAGUGAACUCCACUUACCGCACACUGAAAGUCACAUGAAUAUCAAAUCCUACGGCUGAAAUUUAACAAGCCGUUAAUUCAAUUCAACCCCAAACAUUUACGCCUCUCCCACUUCAUUUUAUCUCUGCCGCUGAUCUCGGCCGUUUGCUAUCUUCGGACAUGCCCUUCGGUACUGGACGUUCUCCUGCUUUGGCAGCAGGGUGACCGUGACCCCGAGGUGUCGUUUCUGCGGGUUUACCGCAAACAUUAGCAUCAGAAGCAGUCCCAAUCAUUUAUUUAGUAAAGUGUUGCUUUAUCUACGGUGCAUACAAAGCUUCUGUAAUGUGAGUACAGUGAAGGUAUACUUGGACAAUUUAAUGACAUCCUAAUAUGAGGGCUGCAUCAAAAUAUGGAACGUCAUAUUAAAAACUCUGUAGGAUGCAGUGCAGUUCAACACCAUUGUGAACUGCAUAAACGGUUAUAAUUUGCUACGUUACUAUAUUUUUAUGAGCAUGAUCAGCUUUGUACAUUUUUUGGAGAUGCAGUUCUUAUAUUUAAUUAAGUUAAAAUUUGCAGGUGUCCCUAACUGAUGGGCAUUUUCCUUUAUCGAGAGGAAAAAUGUUGAUUUUUCACUCCGGGUGGCAGGUGGGAUUUCGAAAAUACCCAUAUUUGCGUUUAUUCCAAAAGAUCCCUCUUAUAAAAUGCAUUGUGGACAUCAAAAUGUUUUUAUUGGGAAAUAAAAUUAGCUGUCAAGUCGUGCACUCAAUUUGAACUCAAUUGCUUCGAGAGAUGAUUCAUCAACAAUCCCACAAAAUUGACGGAAAGAAAACAACGGUCACACCACAACGCUGCUGCUGUUUCCCCGUCUAAAAGCAAAACUAAAAACGUUGUUAAUUUCGUAGAAUCUCUGUUUGAAAAGCUUUCUGCUUUUUUAUAGCCAAAGAUGCCAUUUUAUUGAUAUAUAUAUAUAUACUUCAUUCACACAAGUAUACUAGCAAGUAUACUAGCUUGUUGCCUUUGUUCACGUUCAUUUAUUGAUAUUUGUGAUUUAACAGUUUUGUCAUUUCGCCAGCGUGAACUUGAAGUGAUGGCGUCGUUUGAUUUGCGUCGCCGACUUGGUUUUAUCACCUCGUGUUAUGAUCUGAAUAUACAGUGAAGAAAAUAAGUAUUUGAACACCCUGCUGUAUUGCAAGUUCUC